AUGUCAUAUUUUCGUCACAAGCACUCUGACUGUGCAUGUUGAUCGGUAGAUUGGCAUGGUAUAAAUGUCAAGAGUUAUGCUAUGUACGACUGGUGUUUGAUUGAGAACAAAAGAAUUGAAUAUUUUCACUCCGAUUUGAGAUCUUUGUAAACAGAUUCAAUGGGAACAAUAUCAAGUUUGCAUGUGGACUCUUUACAAUGCAUUUGAGCAGGGCUGACCGCAGAUUUUUUCCCUGUUCCUACAUGAUGGCUCUAUGGCAAGCCAUAGCCUUGCUUGGGAUUUGUGGACUUAUUAAGUGCAAUGAUGGCGUGUGCAACGUGACCUGCACCACAGACUUUAUCUCCAUGCUCAACUGCUCCAAUUCUGACUCGACAGGAGCAGCUUCUUGUCAUGUUGCGGCAGAUUGCAGGGAUGAAUAUUAUGCUACAAAUGGGAGCUGCACUAUCAAAGCGCCACAGUCCUGGUGCACAAUGGAGCCAGAGGAUAUGGAAAUGAUAAUGUCCUAUGAUACUAAUUGCUCUAUCAUAGUCACACAAAUAACCAAACAAGGCAAUAUGGAGACCCCAGCAAAGAGUCACUCAGAAAAUAUUGUUUUAUACAGAUUUGUUAAACCACAACAACCGUUCAACCUAAAUAUUACAAAAAUUGGUGGAGAUUAUAACCUAACUUGGGAUGUGGCUUAUACAGAAAACUUUCUGUAUAAAGACUUAUACUACACAGUACGGUUACGAACUAAAAGUGACCCAGAGAAGACGGCACAAAUUUACGUCCUGCAGCAGGAACAACAAUCAUUGGUUAUCAGCGGUGAAAAACUCCUGCCAGGAAGGCAGUAUGUAGCAGAAGUUAAGGUUGCAGUGCAUCCUUCAACUUUUCCAUCCAUGUGGAGUGAAUGGAGCAACAGUGUUGAAUGGACAUCUGACCCUUCACAGUCAGAACAGUUCUAUUUCCUGCUGUUGGCACUUCCUGUUUUGAUGGUGGUGCUGCUUGUGUACAGUGGGAAAUUAGGGGCCAUCAAAAAGCUGUUCUUAUGGCAACACAUCCCAAGCCCUCAUGAGUACUUCACACCACUCUACAAUUCACAUCAAGGAGACUUUAAGAGGUGGGUCGGACCAGUCCUGACCUUCAACAGCUUUGAUGUCCUUGAGAAGAGCACCACUCUGCAGGUGCUUUGUGAGAAGCAGCAGAAUGACAGCUCAGAGGAACCUGCUAACAGGACCGGCGAGCGGGACUUUGGUCCGGCGGGUCAAAACUCAUCUAAACUCUACUUCCACGGCAGCAACAGUCAAGGCCUCGCACACUCCGGCGGCCACAUAUCGAUGGACACCGUUACGGUAUCAGGUCAGGAGGGCGUCAUGGCUGACUGGUCCAGUGAUAUCCAAAGGCGGAGCCUAGAGGACUUCCUCAACGACAAAGACGCCGAUCAGAGAGCGGCUGAGAUGAAUGACAGACAGCCUCUUGUACCGGACGGCAGGAGGAGUUUACAGGGUUCAGACUUUGAUGACUGGCAUCUACAGGAGCACGAUCUGGAGAACAUGGAGCAGGUCUCGCUGGACUCCUUCGGUUCUAAUGAGCAGUCCGAUGACGGCUACCCACAAAUGGGUUUGGAUUUGGACACCAUAGACAGUGGAUUUCUGGAGUCUGAUUGUUCCAGCCCCUCUGCGUUCGAUGGGAACGAGCAGAUCGAUACUUCAUCGCUGGAUGGCGUGGGACGCUCCCAUUCAAAUUAUGUCAAACAGUGGUUGGCUUUUACAUCAGUUCAAGUUGAUGCCCAGAGCAAUGGAAAGUAGCUGUUCGUGGGAGUUUCUAUUGCUGCAACAAACUAAAUCACAGCUGAAUAAUAGACGAUAGAAAGUGAAAGCAUCUACAAAGUGUUUGAAGACUUCACUAGUCGGACCUAACUUGCGCACAAUGUGUUUUAUUGCACUGAACUGUAUUUGUGGCAUAAAUGGACUCAUUCGACAUCAGCUGUGUGAUCAUUCACAGGACAUUGCUCUACAUUAAGACUGCAGGACAGUAUUUGUGGCUGCAUCUCAAUUUGCAAACUAUCAUUCCUUUAGGUCUAUAGACUAGUCAAGCUAGUGCCAUAUUUAAUAUGACAGGAUUGGAAACGAGGCUGUGAGAGAAUUCAAAGAAUUGUAGUGUUGUUUAACAAUAUAACAAUUGUUCAACUGAUGGAAAACCAUUUUUUAGUUGACAACAUUUCUAGAAAACAGUUUCAAAAGUUGUGCAUUGUGAAAAAGACCUGACCUAUGACCUUUUAUACAGUGUAUGUGACAUUGGACAGUAUGUAAGCCUGUCCUUCACAGCUUCGUUUCGAUCUGUGUUACAUUCUAUAUGGUGUCUAACCUGAUUCAGUUCUGUAGUCAGAGGUUGUGCUACUAAUAAUAAUUAUUUGUCACUCUAA